UGUGUGUGUGUGUGUGUUGUGUGUGUGUGAGUGUGUGCAGACACACGCUAGCACUCCCAGAAAUGACUUAUUUCAAACAAGACAGGCGGAUGAUGAUAUCUUUACAGCAGGAGUGGUGAAAAGUGAUUGCCAAAGAUCAGCUUUUAUAGACAAAUAUCUAUGGGGGAACCUUAAUUCUGAUACUAUUGGGUGCGUGAAGUCACAUUUCAUAUCGGAAAAAGAAAAGAUGGGCUGUAACUUCAGUUCUGAGUACUCGGACACUGAAUGGAUCGAGAACUUGGAUGAGAUUUGUGAGCACUGUAACUGUCCCAAACCUCCACAAACCUGCAAUCCCUACACAGAUCAGCUGAUUCCGGCUUCACCACCUUCAUCUCCUCUACCAGACAUCCUGGCAGUAGCGUGCUACAGCUAUGAACCCGAACAUGAUGGUGACCUGGGCUUUGAGAAGGGGGAAAAACUCAAGAUAAUUAACCGGGAUGAUCCAGAGUGGUAUAUGGCAGAGUCUCUCACCACAGGACAGCAGGGCUUCAUCCCACACAACUUUGUUGCAAUGAACACAGUGGAGACUGAACCGUGGUUCUUUAGGAACACUUCUAGAAAUGACGCCAUGAGACUCUUGCUCGCUCCUGGAAACACAAGGGGCUCCUUCCUCAUUCGGGACAGUGAGACAUCCCCAGGGUCGUACUCCUUAUCAGUCCGAGACUUGGACCAAAGCACUGGUGAAGGAGUGAAGCACUACAAGAUCCGCAACUUGGACAAUGGUGGUUUCUACAUCACCGCCAAGAUAUGUUGCAGUUCCCUGAAGGAGCUGGUCCACCAUCAUUCAGUUGAUGCCAAUGGCUUAUGCACCAAGUUGGUGAAGCCAUGCCAGUCGAGAAUGCCUCAGAAACCUUGGUGGCAAGAUGAGUGGGAGAUCCCUCGAGAGUCCUUAAAAUUGGUGAACAAGCUUGGUGCAGGCCAAUUUGGAGAUGUGUGGAUGGGUCUCCACAAUAACAACAGGAAGGUUGCCGUUAAAGUUCUAAAGAUCGGCUCGAUGUCAGCAGAAGCAUUUCUGGAAGAAGCCAACAUGAUGAAGAACCUACAACAUCCUCGCCUUGUGCGGCUCUUUGCUGUGGUGAGCCAGGAGCCCAUUUAUAUUGUCACGGAGUACGUGGAAAAUGGUAGCCUGCUGGAUUACCUAAAAACAACACAGGGGAGUCGUUUGUCUGUGAAAACUUUGAUAGACAUGGCAUCUCAGGUAGCAGACGGCAUGGCUUACAUCGAGCAGAAAAAUUACAUUCAUCGAGACCUGCGAGCCGCCAAUAUUUUGGUGUCCCACGAACUCAUCUGUAAGGUUGCGGACUUUGGACUAGCUCGUCUCAUCGAGGACAGUGAAUAUACAGCCAGGGAGGGUGCCAAGUUCCCCAUCAAGUGGACCGCCCCAGAAGCUAUCAAUUAUGGGAAAUUUUCGAUAAAGUCCGAUGUGUGGUCAUUUGGGAUCCUCCUGACAGAAAUGGUUACAUAUGGACGUAUACCAUACCCUGGUAUGUCCAACCCAGAGGUGAUCCAGAUGCUGGAGCAGGGCUACAGAAUGCCAAAGCCAGACAAAUGUUCAGAUGGACUUUAUAAUAUUAUGCGUCACUGCUGGAAUGAGACUCCAGAAACUCGACCUACCUUUGAGUACUUGAGGAGUGUUCUGGAGGACUUCCUUGUUGCCACAGAGCGUCAGUACCAAGAGUAGCCGGGACUGUUCGGAAAGACUUUUGGACAUAUGUAAAAUUAAUUUUAGGCAGCCUGGGAUGUGUUUGCUGGGCACAGCAUGCUCUUGCCUUUUUGGAUCUAAAAUAAAGUGUCUAUGGUA